UGAGUGGAGUAUAGUAUGUGGUCAAAGAUGACGGAUGAGUAUGUUCAGAGUGAUGGUACACUGCAAAAGGUAUCAAAGUGGCAACCAGUAAAUAAAGAAGGAUCUUUCAAUGACAUAGUGAGAGGUAUUACACCUAACACUAUUGCUUACAGAAAUAGAAGCUGUUUCUGCUAUCCAUGCAGAAAUUCAUAUGGCAGUCAGUGCCUGCAUGAUGAAAUAUGUGGCUCUUGGAAGGUGUUCAAACUUCAGAAACAAAAUGUAGUGCAAUCUCAGUCAAAUCUUGAAGACUCUUUGGAUGUCAGUCCCAUAUGCUCAAAUUCAAAGGCCCAAACAAUUUCCUUCACUCAUCAAAAGUACAUUGUAAAUAGCUGUGUGAUUGUCAAGUAUGGGGAAAUAUUCUAUCCAGGUAUAAUUUUUUGCACUGUGUACCUUUUAAUUUCAAUAAACAAGUUCAAAGUAUGUUUUAGAUUGAAGUAUUAACUUUUCAACAUUGCUGGUAAUUUUUUCUAACAGGAGUUGUGAUAGAAGUCCUGGAUGAUCAGCGCAGAAAUAAUUUUUAAAAAGGCACAGAAAUAAAAGAAAUAUAUUUGUAUAUCCAGAAGUGCAGGACAUACAGUUAGUGUAUGCAGACAUGAUUGUUACUGAAGUGAUGUUGAUACCAAUGGCAAUAGUUUGAGAGUGGAAUGUUUUGAUUUCUGAAUUUGUCAAAUAAAAUUUGUGUACAGUU